UUGACUGACAUGCGGCCUCGCUCAACAACGGUCUCGCUUAGCACGCUUUAUCAUUUACCAAAGAAAAUGCCGACGAACGAAUGAACUUCUCUCCGCACGUGCCUUCCCUCCCGUUAGAAAUUAAAAGAUGACUUUGGCAUUUAGUUCCAGCUCUACAGAUAUCAUAGAACAAAAUAUAGAUACAGAUAGUUGGUGUGUGGAAGAUGUUGAUUUGUUUUAUGAAACAAAGAGAUGUGCACAAUUUAUUUUGGAGGGAAACUAUGAAAUGAUUGCCUUACAGUUUCCUGAUGAACUAUUAGUCAAUAGUGUAGAAGUUCUUGAAAAACUACAAAAUUGUACAAAGCAAAAAUUAUUUGUACUUGGUGAUACUUCUUAUGGAAGUUGUUGUGUAGAUGAAAUAGCAGCUCAACGCUAUAAUGCAGAUUGUUUAAUACAUUUUGGACGAUCAUGUCUUAGUAAGACAAGUAGACUUCCAGUUUUAAAUAUAUAUGGACAACAUAAAAUUGAUGUAGAUAAUUGCUUCUGUGAAGUAAACAGACUUUUGCCAGAUACUGAUAUCCAUGUUAUUAUAUUGUUUGACACCAUUUAUAGACAUUGUGUGGGAGAUCUUCUACACAAGCUACAAAAAUCCUAUCGAAGCGUUAUAUUAUCAGCUAUACAGGAAACUUCAAAUGUAAAUGGAAAUAUUGAUACUUCAGAAAGAAAUGGUGUGUGUCGGUGCCAUAGAAUGUUUCACCUUAUAGAGGAAACAACACUAAAGGAUUAUUCCAUGUUUUAUGUCGGUAGAGAAAGUCAGACACUCUCAAACCUCAUGAUGAAUUUUACUGAAAACAGUUUUUAUUCAUAUGAUCCAGUCAGUCAAAAAGGACGACAUGAAGAAAUCAAUAUCAAUAAAACUCUAAUGAAGCGUUUUUAUAUGAUAGAACGUGUUAAAGAUGCUAAUAUAGUUGGAAUAGUUGUUGGAACUUUAGGAGUGAUCAACUAUUUAGAGAUUAUUUCUAAAAUUAAAAAACUGUUGAAAUCAGCUGGGAAAAAGCACUAUACAUUUGUUGUUGGGAAAUUAAAUGUUGCAAAACUAGGUAACUUUAUGGAAGUGGAUGUAUUUGUACUAGUAUCAUGUUGUGAAAAUACACUAGUUGAUUGUAAAGAGUUUUAUAAACCUAUUGUAACACCAUAUGAUUUAGAAAUAGCUUGUAAUGGUAAUACACAAUGGACAGGUCAAUAUACUACAGAUUAUACACAAUUAUUGCCAGGUUCAACAUCUUAUGUACCAGUUUCACCAGAUAAAGAUAAUACAGUUGUAGAUGUUUCCAUGGUGACCAAUAAAUUAAGAACAAUAGGAUACAUUGAAAGAGACUGUGUUAAUGCUGAACAUAGAGAAAUAAGUGAAACUGUUAAUAAAACAAUUACAUCACAAGCCAUCUCUGCAGGUCAAUUUCUAGCUGAAAAGUCAUGGAGGGGUUUGGAACCAAACCUGGGCGAAACGGCUGUCGUCAGAGCAACGGAUGGGUUGAAGGGAAUAGCCAUGGAGUAUUCAAAUGAACCAAAUUGUUAAUAAACUAUUUGCUUUUAA